UUGCUCAAGAUAUCAUUCAGAUUAGAAUAUCUUUACCUAAAAUUAAUUCAAAGCGUAGGUUUGCCAGCCGAAGACAAUUGUGGCUCUUUAAAUCUUUAUUAAUUGUGGAUCCUUUGUCUUAAAUCCCACAUCAUAUAUGUAUUGUUAUCUUAACAAGUGUACAAUUAUACAGGAGUAAUUGGGUAUCACUUAAUUAAUCUCCUGCCUAGUAGUAUUGGAAUUAACGAGCAGGAUCACUGAGCUGUGAACUCAUGACUCUAAGACAUGGCCGACAAAGCUAGCGGCGAUCGAACCCCGCUUCCAUGUGUAAACAAAUAUCGAUGGAUUGGGUUUCCUUACGGAACCAAAUGGUGAUGCUUCAUGUAUUGUUUUAAAUGGAUGACUUUCCAAAUGUAAACCAUGCCUCUCGUUACUUUAUUGGACCACAUUUUGGGACCCGUGGGGGUGUACGAAGGAAUUCGAUCAGUUCACGACGACAAUUACAUUGACCGACUUAGUCAUUACUACACAGUUAUCUUUCUUUUGUUUAUGCAAAUCACCGUGGCAACAAAUGAGUAUGUUGGAGACCCUAUCCAUUGUUUCUGUCCCACUGAAUUUACUGAAAACGAGGUUGAUUACACAAACUUUGUAUGUUGGGUGUCCAACACCUACCAUAUCCCAUUCUCAAAACAGAUUCCAGCUAACUAUGAGGUUCGAAGAAAUGAUGAAAUAACGUAUUAUCAAUGGGUUCCGCUAAUCCUUCUGUUAAUGGCAUUUCUUUUCAAAAUGCCAAGGAAUAUAUGGAAGUAUUUCGCUUACACCCAUUCUGGGAUAGGUUUGAAAAAGAUGAUAGACUUAGUCAAAUCGACACAAAAUGACACGCCAGAAGAGCGCGAAAAGAAACUUCACUCGGUGGCUAAAUUCAUCGACUUGUGGAUGAGCAAGACAGCCCAUCAUCGCGCGGGAUGUUUCCCUAGCCACCGCUCAAAAGUCGCCACGUACUUUGGAUUAGGUAUUGGGCGACACUAUGGGAACUAUUUAGUAUUCCUUUGUUUGUUUACUAAAUGCCUAUUCCUUAUAAAUGCUGUUGGACAGCUUUUCUUCCUGAACGAGUUUCUGGGAAGUGAUAAGUUCUAUAUAUAUGGAUACGAAGUGGUUCAGUCCAUUUUGACAGAAAAUGACUGGACAAGAACACACCGUUUUCCAAGGGUAACUUUAUGCGACUUUGAUCUCCGUCAAAUGACCAAUGUUCAACGUUGGACCUUACAAUGUGUUCUUCCAGUGAAUCUCUAUAACGAAAAAUUCUUCAUCUUCCUUUGGUUUUGGAUCACCAUAGUGGCGAUACUGACCCUAUUUAACGUGCUCUACUCUAUACUUCUAAUUGCUGUACCAAAUAACCGUAAGAGCUUCAUUAAGAAGUAUCUUAAAUUCAUUGAUGCUUAUGACGAUAAAAAUAAGGAUUUAUUCACACAGAAAUUAACAAAACAAUUUGUAGAAAACUAUCUACGAUUAGAUGGCAUUUUUCUUCUGAAGGUGAUCACAGCUAAUACGAAUACUGUGAUGGUAACAGACAUCAUCCGGAGACUAUUUGACAUUUACCGGAAGCGGCAAUUUCAUAUGGAGACAAAUGGCGUCUCUCACACAGUGCAUGGGUACGGAGAACCGGAAACACGUCAUCAUGUCACUCCCCUUAAAGGGUGUGUCGUGCACCUGAGUGAGGACGACAUGCCUAAAUCAUAUAUGGAAAGUUUUGUCUGAUUUUAUGCAUUUAUUUGAUUUGCAUAUAGUCUUUUUUGAUAUUACAAGCUUUCAUUUUUGUUAAAUUAUUUUUCUUGCUGUAUGUGCAUUGAAUUGUUUGUUGGAUGUGCUUGCAAUUUUGAAGUGCAGAUGUUGGCAUAAUGUCAUACAUUUUUAUUAAAUGAAGAAAAAAUUU